AUGAUCAGUGAGUCUUCCCCAUCUCCCAUCCCCUUCAGGGAGAUCAACCCACUCUUCUUCUUCACGGAGGCCCAGAGCAGUGGGGAAGAGAUUCUGCGACGCAAAGAGCAUUGCGAGUUCAAAGCCCUGCGAUGCAAAGCCUGGCAGGUGCAAGAAGCACAGCUGAUGAAAGUGGGCAAGAAGCGUGCCGAGGGCGACAGUGACGCGGGCCAGGACCAUGAGGCCUUCCAGGCCUCGGUCAGAUUCUGGGAAUUUCCAACGCGGCUGGCAGCGCUGCGUCAGAUUUUCCCGGACGCCGGCGUGCGGUGCCCGGCGCGGCCGCUGGGGGGCGCGGCGCGGGGCGCGGAGCGUGGGAAGCGCGGGCGCGCGGGCAGGCUGAGCUCACACGCCCGGGCAGCGGCGGCGGGGCCGGCGUCCGCAGCGGCUGCGCAUCUCGCACCUCCCGCGGGGCGCUCCCGGGGCGGCCGGGCGGGUGGCGCAGUCCCCCCGGAGGAAAGCCGCCGCGGGAGAGGACUGGAGAAUGGCAGAACAGAGGGACAGAGGGACACCGGCCCAGCCAAUCCUGAGCUGUGCAGCACUUUCCCCCAACAGACCCAGAGGAGGGGGCUGCUGGCUCCCCGCCCCUCCCCUGCCUGUGGCCCCCUUGCUGCUCCCCUGUGGGAAGGGCAGCCUGGCCACCUGAGGCUGCAGGGGCAGAGGCUGGCAUGGGCCAGGGUGGUGAUGGUGCCGCAGCCCCUCCCGGUGGCCCAGCGUGGGAAGAAGAACGAAGAGCCAGAACCAGCUUCAAGGUUCUUCCUUUGUGACCUCACUACCUGGACUCUUCAGGCGUGAGCAGACCUGUGUGAUGUGGGAAAGAAGAGGUGGCGGCCAUGGCAUCAGAGGAGCUGGCAGGGCAGAAGCCAAGGUAAGGCCAGGCUGCCGGGAGGUGUACCGGACCCUCCUGGGCAUUUGGCAUCCUCACCCCCUGCCCCUGACAGUCACUCCAUUUCCAGGAGUGACACCAGUACGUUUUUUUUUUGAUGAGUCCAAGGAUAAAUACAAAUGAUGUUGGGGUUACCUAUUUUGUUUUUUAACAUUUUAUUUAAAAUUUUGAGUUUUCCGUCUUUGUUGGUGGCCAUCACGGGGGUGGGGGCUGAUUAGAUUGGCAAAUCCUGAUGUUCACUACUUCCUUUAUUCUGAUGGAAAGGACUAAGAUGAUGGUUGUGGGGGCUCAGGAGCCAGGUUCUAGGUUACUGCUGUCUGAGUUGGCUACGAGGGCAGUCGAAACCAGACGCCUCCGAAGUCCCGUUCAGUGAUGGUAAACAUCUGAAUGGAUUGGAUUGUACAGAUGAACGUGUGUAUAUUUAGAAAGUCACACCCAAUAGAGAAAGAACCAGCUUGCUCAUCCCGCCUGCAGGUCUGAGCCCACCCGGGGUCACAUCCUCUUACUCCGUGAUCGGCUGAAGUCACUUCCUUCUGUACCGAGGGCUGCCCACGCCCAGCCACUGUUUCCUGCACAGGGCCAGGAAGUCAGGUCACGCCCCUCCUAACCUCUUGGUAGCGUAUAGUUAUCUCCGAGUGUUCUGGCUUCUUUUGCCUUGGUCCCUGAGCCUCCUUAACUUAGCUACCACCUUGC